AUGAGUUCAGCAAAAUCGUAUAAAUGGUACUUGGAAAAUGGUUGUGAAAUUGUGCCACUGAAAAGAGCCUGCAAUAGGGAUUAUGAUUAUUCACUUACCGUGUUGGAUAUUCAAGCUGAUUUUUCUGAAUUUUUAGUUGAAGAGAAUAAUAUUAUAAGUAAUGAUAAAAUAGUGAAGGCAGAUGAAAGCAUAUUUAAUAUACAGAAGAAACAAUUUCUUCAUAAAGAUAUGAAUAUUUUGGAAAGAGAAAAAUAUGUAUACGAAAUUGAUCAUUUAUGGGCUUAUAUAGAAUGGCAUUAUAACUUUGAGGAUGAAAUAAGAUUACAAAGAAAUUUAGUAAGUAACAUAAAUAAAUUAAAAAAGGUACCUAAAUUAUAUGUUUCAGCACAUAUAAUUGAAGGUGUUAUUAAUGAGAUGUCUAAAAAUGAGAAUAUUUGUAUAUUAAAAUAUACGACGUUUUCUAGUUUUUAUGAAAAAUAUAAAAACGAAUUAGAUAAUAUAAAGAUGAAAAAUAAAAACAGUAUAUAUAAUGUGUGUAAUUAUAUAUAUGAAGUUUGUGAUAUUGCAGAUAAAUCUCUUCUUUUUGCGACUAGUCCUAUAAUUAAUACUACUAUGAAAAAUGUAUUAAGUAUAACAAAAAGUGGGAAGAAGAGGGAAGAUUUUAAUGAAGAAGCAGAAAAGGAAAUUAUAACUGAAGAUGAAAUAUGGCAAAUUUAUUUAUCCAAAAAAAUAAAAUGUAUUAAUGAUCAAUGGUUAUUAAUUUGUAUUAAUCAGGAAUUAAAAAAAAUAAUAAAAGAAUCUGGUGAUCUAUAUUUUAAAAUGUUUAAUAGGUAUAUAAAGGAAUAUAAUGAUUUUAUAAAAAGUCAUGAAUAUAAUACAUCAGAAAAAAAUAAUGAUAUGAAUAAUAUGAAUAUUAAAAAUAAUAAUGUUUCAAAAAAUGAUAGUAAUAAUAUUAAUAGAAAGAGUAAUAUUUUUUUAAAAGGAACACAAAAAAAUAUAUUCGAAGUAAAUCAUAUAAAUCAUCAACUGAACAAUGAAAAGUUGAAGAAAUAUAAAGUAAAUUUAAUUUUUUCAGAAAAUAAAGAUAUUAAUUAUAUUUUAUAUAAAUUAUGUUUAAAUUUGGGUAAAUUUAAUGAUGCAGUUUUGUGUACCAAAAAUAAAACAUAUAAUAUUUUAAUGAAUGAUAUCGAUGGAACAUUGGCUAUAUGUCUUCAAUCAUUUGUUUCAAAAUAUUAUAGAAACAAUUCUAUGGAUAAUUCUGACAAUAUGGCUAGUAACAGUACAGCUAGUUGUAGUGUUAACGAUAAUUAUAAUGCAAUAAGCACAACUAAUUUUUCAGAUGACAUGGAUGAAUUGAUAAAGAAUCUUUCUAUUAUGGGUUUGUGUAAAGAGAAAAUAGUGUUAACAGAAAAGGCAACACUAUUUAAUAACAUUGAAUUGUUGUAUUCAUAUUAUCUUAUAGUUCAGAACGAAGCUUUAGACAAUGAUGAUGCAAAAAGUGGAUUAAAUAUACAAAAUAAUGUAGAUAAUAAUGAAAACAAUUACGAUAAUAAUGAAAACAAUUAUGAUAAUAAUGAAAACCAUUAUGAUAAUAAUGAUGAUGGGAUUAUAUACUUUAGUAAGAAAGCUCUUUUUGAAAAUUUACAAUUUUCAAAUGAAGAAAUUAGUAGUUAUUUAUUACAUUUACAAAAAUACAGUACGAAUAAUUUAAUAUAUAUAGAAAAUAAAGGAUUUAGAUAUAUCAAGAGUGAAAUUAUUUACGAAUUCAUAGUUAAACUUAUUGAAUUAAUUAGUAUUAAUGAUGAACUGUAUGAAAAUCAAUAUGUUCAAAGAAGUCAUAUGGAAAAUUGUGCUUUUAGUAAAUAUCAAGAAGAUUUAUAUAAAAAUGUAAGGAAAAGGUAUGGAAUAAGCUUUACAAAUUUGAUGAGUAUAAUUUAUGAAAAUAUGCAUGAAUUUGAAUUUUUAAAUAAAAAUAAAAUACCUAUAGAAAAAUAUGUUAUUUUACAAUUGUGUUGGAAAUGUUGUGAUAUUGAAAAUAAUCAUUUUGAAUAUUUUAAUAUCUAUUAUAAUUAUUAUUUCUUUUAUGAAUAUUUAAAUAAAUCAUCUAAUGAAUUAUCAUUUGAGAACAUAUUUGAAGAAUAUCUAGAAUUUUUAAAGAAUGAUAUAUAUAUUGAUGAAACUAUUAUAUAUUUUAAUUUGUUUAAAUUACAUAAUAUUAUGUCUCUGAAUAUAUUAAGGUCUAGUGGUCAGGUUGUUAUUCAUUCUGAUAAAUUAUUUACAUUUGAUAUGGACAUAUUUACGUAUAUCAAAUAUAUAGAUGACAAUUUUAAAAAUUUUAAUUCUUCCUUAAUGGAUAAGAUUAUACAAACGUUUAUAAAGAGUUAUCAAUUUUUUCUGGACUUUGGUUAUGAUAAAAAUGGAACGAAUGAAAAAAAUAAUAUGCAUAAUAAUAACAAUAAUAAUAAUAAUAAUAAUAAUAGUAAUAAUAAUAAUAAUAAUAAUAAUAAUAAUAAUAAUAAUAAUAAUAAUAAUAAUAAUAAUAAUGGUGAUGGAUCCUUAAUUGACAAUGAACUUAUUAAUACUGACAUAUAUAAAGAUCGAGUAUUAUUUAGAAAUAAUAUCCUUUUGAAUGUAAAUAAUAUAAAUCAUAUAUGUAAUGAUAAUUACAUGUUUGAAUAUUUUAUUGUAGUAAAAUAUUAUUAUAGUGAUAAUAGUUUUGCACUAUUAGAAAAAAAACUAAAAAAAUUUAUUAAAACAACAGAAGAUGAAUUUAUGCAAACAUAUGAAAAUUCAACAGAUAAAUAUGACAUGCAUACAAAAUUUAAAUCUAAUUGGGAUAAUAUAAAAAGUAAUUACUGUUUAAAUUAUAAAAUCUUCAAAUAUCAAACAACUUCUUUUCCUCAUAUAAGGCUAAAUAAUAAUUACAAUGAUUUAUUAAAUUUGGUAUAUACUCCUUUAUCUUUACAUUGCUCAAUAUUUCGUGAAAAUGUUAUAUAUAAUAAAAAAAGAAAUACAUUCCAGUUAAUCCCAUCCUUUUUGUUAAAAAAUAAUUUAAGAAGUUGCUUGACGGCAUUGUUUACAUUUAAAAAUUCUUAUUACGCUCAAGAAUUUUAUCCAUUCUUAAAUCCAUUAUUGAAUAACAAGGAUUUGAUUGGUACUAUAGCUGUACCUCCCUUAAGACACUGUAGGACUAUGUUGGUUGAAAAGGAAAACGAAAACAAUGUUGAAUUUAUAGAAACGAAAAAUAUUGUCUUAUCAACAUUAAAUAAUGAUAUAAAGAAUUAUAAAAUGGGUACAGAAAAUAAUAACAAAAUUGUUGAAAAGUUGUGCAAAUUGUACAAUUGCAAUUUGCCAGUUAAUAAUUUUUCUACAUAA